AUGCCAGAUAUAGCACCUUUUAGAAUCGUCGUUGUUGGCGGCGCUGACAGCGGGAUAACGGCAGCGAUCCGCAGCCGUCAUCUUGAUGAGCAUGCAAGCAUUACAGUAAUUGAAAAAGGCCCUUAUGUGAGUCAUGCGAACUCCGGGGUUCCGUACGCGCUAGAUGGCUUGAUCGAAACAGAUACUGCCCUGGUUGUGCAGACUCCUGCAGGCUUAAAGGCUCGGUUUAACCUGGAGGUACACAUUAACACGGAGUUGGUCAGCAUCGCCAGAGCGCAGCACACAAUCGCAGUUCAUUCUCAGGAUACAAAGUGCAUAUACGAUCUUACAUACGAUAAACUGAUCCUGGCGCAAGGUGCAGAACCGGCCCGACUGGAUAUUGAGGGAACCAAGGACGCGCAAAACAUCUUCACAUUGCGGACACAGAAAGAUAUACAGGCUAUCCGCAGCUAUGCCCUGAAAAAUGAAAGUAAACGUGCCACCGUAAUUGGUGGAGGAUUUAUUGGGCUGAAAGCUGUAGAAAAUCUGCACCGGCUUGGUCUCCAUGUGGAUCUCGUUGAGAUGCACGACCAGGUUUAUCAUACAGUCGACAAAGACAUCGCUUACUACCUGCAAACUGAACUGCUACGUAACGGGGUCCAAGUAUUUCUCCAGACAAGGCCGCACAAGAUCAUGACAAUUGAUGCGGAAGACUAUUCCUACAUUGAGCUAAAUAACGGUUCUAUUCUGUCAACCGACCUCAUUAUUACUGCUGUUGGCCUCAAUCCGCGGGUCAGCAUUGCACAAGAGGCUGGCUUGACUGUCAAACGGGGCGUUACGGUUAAUUCGUUCAUGCAAACCAGUGAUCCGGAUAUCUACGCAGUGGGUGAUAUGAUCGAAACAGAGGGUGGCCUCGGGCACAUCCCAGGCACUCUAGCCCUAGGAGGACCAGGUAGUCGACAAGGACGCAUUGCCGCCAAUCAUAUCUACGGAAAAGCUAGUGGAUAUUCAGGAUAUGUAGGCACCUCCCUUUGCAAGGUAUUCAACCUCACAGUCGCUAUCACAGGCAUGUCUGUUGAUAGACUUCGAGGAAUUGGAUAUAAACCGCAAUGGGUGACUGUUCGUAUACCUGACCACGAAGGAUAUUAUCCAUCAUCAAGCCAGCUUACGCUACGCGCCAGUUUCGAACCGUACACAGGCCGCCUGCUAGGAGCUCAAGCUGUCGGCAAAUCUGGCGUAGAUAAGCGCAUUGACGUUCUAUCUACCGCGAUACAGGCCGGCAUGUCUGUGUUCGAACUAGAGCAGCUCGAACUCUCCUAUGCGCCUCGGUACGGUCCUGCAAAGGACCCGGUGAAUGUAGCUGGAUACGUUGCCUGCAACGUGCUACGAGGGGACGUCCAACUGAUUCAUCCGGACCAGCUCAUCGGUCAUAUCCCGGAAUGGCAAGUUGUCGAUGUGCGCAGCGCGGAGAACUUUUCCCAGGGUCAUGUUCCAUCUUCACGAAACAUCCCCAUUGAUACGCUACGGAAAAGCCUGGCUAGCAUUCACAAGCGACUUCCAGUUCUAGUAUAUUCCCGAGUGGGAUACCAUGGUUAUAUUGCGUAUCGAAUUCUGAAGCAACUUGGAUAUCAAGUCGCCAAUCUGGACGGGGGAUGGAAAUUGUUUGUCUCUGGGGGGUAUCAGACGAUAAUUACUUCGUAG